UUCGUAUAACUUCACUUAUGACAUCAGCCAGCACACUAAGCAGUGUUUUGGAAACUGCCUGGGGGAAGGAGGGGGGCACUGGCUCACUAUAAAGGGCCCUCCUGAGCUGUGGAGGGAUCCUGAGACGGCAGAGCCUCUGCCACAUCCUGAGCUCCAGGAACCAUGAAGAUGUCUGCAGCAGCCCUCGCCAUCCUUCUCACCAUCGCGGCCCUCUGCGCCCCUGCAUCCGCCUCCCCAUAUGCCUCUGAUACCACCCCCUGCUGUUUUGCCUACAUCUCUCGCCCACUGCCUCGAACCCACAUCAAGGAGUAUUUCUACACCAGUGGCAAGUGCUCCAACCUAGCAGUUGUCUUUGUGACUCGAAAGAACCGCCAGGUAUGUGCCAACCCUGAGAAGAAAUGGGUUCGGGAAUAUAUCAACUCUUUGGAGAUGAGCUAGGACAGAAGGCAUCUUGAAUCUGACUUUGUAUAAACCCAUCUGUUACUGUGCUCUCUUAUUCUAAUUUGGGAAGCUUCUCCCCAACUCUCUGCCAGUCAUCCCUGGAAGGACACAGAUUCAAUCACACAGUAGCAACUCCAACAGUCUGCCUGGCCUAACACCUAGAAUUACGGAGGCUCUGUUCGGGCAACAGGAAGUCUCUAGGCUCACUUCUUCAGAUCCCAUGGGAUCUCCCAUAGGAAAAAGCUCCCAUCUCAGGCUCUCACAAGUGCUGACUGGCAAAUAUAAAAUAUGUUUGUUAUUAAAA